AUGUUGAAGUCGUCAGGUCUCAGACACACACACGAACCCCAGGUCCCUCUACCAUUAUGGUUGAAGUCGUCAGGUCUCAGACACACACACCGAACCCCAGGUCCCUCUACCAUUAUGGUUGAAGUCGUCAGGUCUCAGACACACACACACCGAACCCCAGGUCCCUCUACCAUUAUGGUUGAAGUCGUCAGGUCUCAGACACACACACCGAACCCCAGGUCCCUCUACCAUUAUGGUUGAAGUCGUCAGGUCUCAGACACACACACCGAACCCCAGGUCCCUCUACAUAUUUGUUUCAGGUCUCAGACAAGUUACUUAUUAGGCGAGUGCAGUUCUUGGAUCCAACUCUGUUUAAAAUGAUGGAAAUGUGAUGUUUAUUUGGUGCUUUACUUUGAACUGUGUAUUCCCUGCCCCAGACUUCCUAGCUGUGUUAUUAUCAAGGGUUCAACUGUUCACAUAAGUGUGCAGUGAUAGCAGUAUCUGAAACAUUAGCUAUGAAAUACUUCAAAACGUUGAGUUGAGUCCAACUAAUGAACUGCUUCCUGAAACAGACAGACACACAACUGAAGUUUGAUGUACUGAAAAUGUUUAAAUGGUGAUUCAUAGCUAGUCAGUAUGUGUAGCAUGAGUCUCCCUAACAGACAGACACAUUCCCCAUCUCUCCUUACUGAGUCUCUACUUCUAAUGGUGUUGACCCCUCUACCUCCUGAGUCUCUACUUCUAAUGGUGUUGACCUCUCUACCUCCUGAGUCUCUCUACUUCUAAUGGUGUUGACCCCUAUACCUCCUGAGUCUCUACUUCUAAUGGUGUUGACCCCUCUACCUCCUGAGUCUCUACUUCUAAUGGUGUUGACCUCUCUACUUCCUGAGUCUCUACUUCUAAUGGUGUUGACCCCUAUACCUCCUGAGUCUCUACUUCUAAUGGUGUUGACCCCUCUACCUCCUGAGUCUCUACUUCUAAUGGUGUUGACCCCUAUACCUCCUGAGUCUCUACUUCUAAUGGUGUUGACCCCUAUACCUCCUGAGUCUCUACUUCUAAUGGUGUUGACCUCUCUACCUCCUGAGUCUCUCUACUUCUAAUGGUGUUGACCCCUAUACCUCCUGAGUCUCUACUUCUAAUGGUGUUGACCCCUCUACCUCCUGAGUCUCUACUUCUAAUGGUGUUGACCCCUCUACCUCCUGAGUCUCUACUUCUAAUGGUGUUGACCCCUAUACCUCCUGAGUCUCUACUUCUAAUGGUGUUGACCUCUCUACCUCCUGAGUCUCUACUUCUAAUGGUGUUGACCCCUAUACCUCCUGAGUCUCUACUUCUAAUGGUGUUGACCCCUGUACCUCCUGAGUCUCUACUUCUAGGUGUUGACCCCUCUACUCCUGAGUCUCUCUACUUCUAAUGGUGUUGACCCCUAUACCUCUGAGUCUCUACUUCUAAUGGUGACCCUCUACCUCCUGAGUCUCUCUACUUCUAAUGGUGUUGACCCUCUCCCUCCUGAGUCUCUCUACUUCUAAUGGUGUUGACCCCUCUACCUCCUGAGUCUCUCUACUUCUAAUGGUGUUGACCCCUCUACUUCCUGAGUCUCUACUUCUAAUGGUAUUGACCCCUCUACCUCCUGAGUCUCUACUUCUAAUGGUUUGACCCUCUACUCCUGAGUCUCUACUUCUAAUGGUGUUGACCCUUACUCCUGAGUCUCUACUUCUAAUGGUUUGACCCCUUACUCCUGAGUCCUCUACUUCUAUGGUUACCUUACCUCUGAGUCUCUACUUCUAAUGUGUGACCCUACUCUGAGUACUACUCUAAUUUUAUACCCUCCGAGUCUUCUACUUCUAAUGGUGUUGACCCCUACCUCCUGAGUCUCUCUACUUCUAAUGGUGUUGACCCUCUACCUCCUGAGUCUUCUACUUCUAUGGUGUUGACCCCUAUACCUCCUGAGUCUCUCUACUUAAUGGUGUUGACCCUCUACCUCUGAGUCUCUUACUUUAAUGGUGUUGACCCUAUAACUCCUGAGUUCUUACUUCUAAUGGUGUUGACCCCUCUACCUCUGAGUCUCUGACUUCUAAUGGUGUUGACCCCUUACCUCCUGAGUCUCUACUUCUAAUGGGGUGACCCUCUACCUCUGGCUCUACUUCUAAGGCGUUGACCCUCUACUCCUGGUCUUAUUCUAUGGUGUAGACUCUUCAUCUCUCUCUCUUACUCUACGCUCUCUCUCUCUCUCUCUCUCUCUCUCUCUCUCUCUCUCUCUCUCUCUCUCUCUCUCUCUCUCUCUCUCUCUCUCUCUCUCUCUAGGUUCAUUGCUGUGUCCAUCCCUCUGAACUACAACAGGAAGCACGUUGACCAGCGUCAGAUCAUCCUGCUGUCAGGCACCUGGCUCAUAGCCCUGGCCGUGGCCUCCCCCGUCAUGCUGGGUAUCAACAACAUCCCGCACCGUGACCCCACUGAGUGUAAACUGGAAGAUGACAACUACGUAGUGUACUCCUCUGUCUGCUCCUUCUUCAUCCCCUGCCCCAUCAUGCUCCUCCUCUACUGCGGAAUGUUCCGGGGCCUGAAGAGGUGGGAGGAGGCGCGCAAGGCCAAGCUGAGGAACAGCAUCCAGGCCUGUAGGAAGCUUCAGCAUGCAGCCGCCGCCGCCGUGCCUCCUCCGGGGACCAUCCCCGGGCCGCUGCCCAUGCCCCUGCCCAGGAUCAUCGAGAGGGAUCUGGCUCAGGCCCGGCUGGGGCUGGAGGAUAAUGAUGACUUUCGGCAGCCGGACUGCCCCCCGUUCCCCUCGGAGUACAGGGAGAGGAUCAGCUCCGUGCCGUCUAUCUCCUACCAGCAGCAGCCGCAGAAGAGGAAGCGAGCCAAGAUCAACGGCAGGGAGAGGAAGGCAAUGAGGGUUCUUCCUGUUGUGGUGGGUAAGUGCCGCAGAUAAAUGUUUGGAAGGGUCAAAAACUCACAAAGUUUCCCCUGACUUGUCAAAACUCAUAAAGGUUCCCUUCAAACUUGUCAAAAACUCACAGAGGUUUCCCUCAAACUUCAAGUCUUAGAGUAUGAAUCAUAGUGGUCCUCUGUAGCUCAAUUGGUAGAGCAUGGCGCUUGUAACGCCAGGGUAGUGGGUUCGAUCCCCGGAACCACCCAUACGUAAAAAUGUAUGCACACAUGACUGUAAGUCGCUUUGUAUAAAAGCGUCUGCUAAAUGGCAUAUUAUAUAUUAUUAUAGUCAAGUUUCAAGUCUUUGUGACUGACUCAAGUCCCCAUCUCUGCUUCCCCCUUCUCUUUCUACUGAGAGCUCAUAGGGUUGGUUCUGACUGGUCGUGAUCAGACCUGGGUCAAAUACGUGUUCUGGGCACAUAGUGUAUAAACCUCGUAUGGCCGACCUCAAAGCACACAUUGCUUUCUCCAAAGGCUUAACAAAAUACUUUUUCAAAUAUGUCAUAAAAAACUAACACCCAUUGGAAGCCUUAAAGGCCAGGCUAGACGGUCACUAUCAGAUAGUCCUGGGAACCGGUUCUCCAGUUAUAAUGACAGGAUACAUUAAAAACAAAAGGAUGAGUAUUGUGUUCCAGCUUCUUAUUCACUGACCUGCUUAAUGGAUGAACAUGUUAAUCAAACCCGGACCUGGAAAUUGAUAGAAAGGUUCAAUCAUGAAAGUCUGAAUGAAAGUGAUGAAAAGGAUCAAAUACCCAGCAGGCCAAACUGGUUGAAAUGAUGUCAUUAUGUCAUUAUGUCAUUAUGUUAUUAUGUCAUUAAGUCAUUUUAACCAGUUUGGCCCACUGGGAGAGUAUUGUGUUUCAGCCUCUCCGGAGUCACUGACCUGGAAAUUAAUUAUGGGCCCCAACGGUCUAAAUGGAAAUGAUGCAUUGAUAUACCUAGGGGGAAUUCUCUAUCUAUCUCUCAUUUCUGGAGAUAUUCACUUUUGGCCACAGCAUCAUCAUUCAUGAAUAAUUUGCGGUGGUUGAGUCAUUUUCUCAGUGUCAGGCUGAUGAGGUGCAUUUUUUAUGAAACAUGCACUAUGUUUGAGUGGUGGAUGCUGGUGGCGCAUCCUUCAUCUUCAUCGGUGGGAGAAAAAAAAACAUCCUUAUAUAAAAAGGUGCUGUGUCCUGUUGUGCUCUCAUGGCUUCCUGAUCUGUCAUAAUGAACUGGUGCACGCUUAAAAAAGGGGUUCCAGAAUAGGUUAUUUGGCUGUCCUCAUUGGAGAACCCUUUUGAAGAAUCUUUUUGGGUUCCAGGUAGAACACUCUGUGGAAAGGGUUCUACAUGGAACCCAAAGGGUUCUACUUGGGAAAAGGAUAACCAAAUAAGCUUUUUUUAAAGAGUGUGGUGUGUCCACUGCCGUGAGCUACUUUUAUAUUUAAAUGAUUAAUGGGAAAAGAUAACAAUAAGCUUUUUUCAAAAGAGUGUAGGUGUGUCUACUGCCGUGAGCUACACAGCUGUUAGUAAUUACAUGAUGUAAGGUGUUGACCAGCAGAUAACAACCUUUCUAAUACACAAUUAUGAGAAUGCUACAGGUGUUGACAGCAGAUACACAGCUUGUUAGUAAAAUACAGAAUGCUACAGGUGUUGACAGCAGAUACACAGCUUGUUAGUAAAAUACAGAAUGCUACAGGUGUUGACAGCAGAUACACAGCUUGUUAGUAAAAUACAGAAUGCUACAGGUGUUGACAGCAGAUGCAAAAUUAUUAUGCACUUAUCAUCAAUAAUGAAACGUUAAUGAUAAGCAACUAUAUGUUGUUGGCAAGCAACACAACUAAAUAGUUAAACACGUUAAAAACACAUACUAAUCAAAUCAUGCCAAAGGUCAUCAAACCCAGCCAAUAGCUAGCACACCUUGGAGGCAAUGGAAUUUACUAAACCCAAAGAAGGAAAGCCCUUGGAUAUCAGUACCAUCUUACCAGAGAAACUGAUAAACGAGGGCCUACACUUUAUCAUGUGGGCUCCUGUAGAGUUCCCCAAGCAACACAGCUAAGGUAAAGGUCUGCAGUCAUCAGAUGCUAGGUCUAACAGAAGGUCUGCAGUCAUCAGAUGCUAGGUCUAACAGAAGGUCUGCAGUCAUCAGAUGCUAGGUCUAACAGAAGGUCUGCAGUCAUCAGAUGCUAGGUCUAACAGAAGGUCUGCAGUCAUCAGAUGCUAGGUCUAACAGAAGGUCUGCAGUCAUCAGAUGCUAGGUCUAACAGAAGGUCUGCAGUCAUCAGAUGCUAGGUCUAACAGAAGGUCUGCAGUCAUCAGAUGCUAGGUCUAACAGAAGGUCUGCAGUCAUCAGAUGCUAGGUCUAACAGAAGGUCUGCAGUCAUCAGAUGCUAGGUCUAACAGAAGGUCUGCAGUCAUCAGAUGCUAGGUCUAACAGAAGGUCUGCAGUCAUCAGAUGCUAGGUCUAACAGAAGGUCUGCAGUCAUCAGAUGCUAGGUCUAACAGAAGGUCUGCAGUCAUCAGAUGCUAGGUCUAACAGAAGGUCUGCAGUCAUCAGAUGCUAGGUCUAACAGAAGGUCUGUAGUCAUUUUGUAAGUCGCUCUGGAUAAGAGCGUCUGCUAAAUGACGUAAAUGUAAAUGUAAUCAGAAGCUAGGUCUAACAGAAGUUCUGCAGUCAUCAGAUGCUAGGCCUAUUAGAAGUGUCACUUCAGUCUGCCAUUCUCUACCUGACUAAGUAUAGCUUAAAGCCUUCAAUCCAAUCAUUAUGUAACACUUUGGAUCGUCGCUCCAGAUCUUCUUACCCCCACAACACACAUGACCACAGGUUUAAGUAUAGAGGUGCCUAGUCAUUCGUUCACGGCUUCAGCUAAUGAGCAGAAAACAGAUGGAAGUGUUGAGGAGAGUUUAAUUUGUUCAUUGGUCUCCAAUUACACAGCCAGACUGACUGAUGUUCCUAUGUCUUUGGUAAUCCAUGUGGGAGACCGUAUGGGUCAUGACUCAUUACACAGAUAGUCAUUUCACACUAUCAUGCCCAAUCCAAACAUAACUGGAUAUUUUCUUUUCACAUUGUCCUGCCUAGCAGAGUAAUCAGGUCAGCUCAGUACAGCUUGGUUCGGCUCAGCAGUGUGAAAAGCCCAUCAGUGUUUUCUAACAAACAAACAGAGUUUAAAGUCAACAAAAUGAUCGCUGCUGUUCACAGAUCAGGUUUUUCAGCGGACUUUCAAGUAAUAAUAUUAAUAAUAAUAUGCCAUUUAGCAGACGCUUUUAUCCAAAGCGACUUACAGUCAUGCGUGCAUACAGGAGGCAGCUGGCUUCAGGGAACACUCCUAGCGUCACAUCAAUUAGUAUUAGCAGGAAAUACAGUUAACCAUGCAGGGCCACGCCCACUGCUGUGGACACAACAGGCUCUCCGUCACAACAGCAGGCAGUCGGUGAGGGUGGUUCAUGUUAACGACAACACAGACCAACAACAACAGUGGCCGUGUGCACUCAGUAGAUCACCGGCUGGGUGGAGUGUGUGCGUACUACCCUCACUCAGUAGAUCACCGGCUGGGUGGAGUGGUGUGUACUACCCUUACUCAGUAGAUCACCGGCUGGGUGGAGUGUGUGCGUACUACCCUCACUCAGUAGAUCACCGGCUGGGUGGAGUGUGUGUGUACUACCCUCACUCAGUAGAUCACCGGCUGGGUGGAGUGUGUGCGUACUACCCUCACUCAGUAGAUCACCGGCUGGGUGGAGUGUGCGUACUACCCUCACUCAGUAGAUCACCGGCUGGGUGGAGUGUUGUGUGUACUACCCUUACUCAGUAGAUCACCGGCUGGGUGGAGUGUGUGGUGUGCUACCCUUACUCAGUAGAUCACCGGCUGGGUGGAGUGUGUGUGCUACCCUUACUCAGUAGAUCACCGGCUGGGUGGAGUGUGGUGUGUACUACCCUUAUCAGUAGAUCACCGGCUGGGGUGGACCGUGUGUGUGUACUACCUCACUCAGUAGAUCACCGGCUGGGUGGAGUGGUGUGUACUAACCCCUCCACUCAGGUCCAGAUCACGCUGGGGGGUGGAGUGUGUGCUACCUACUCAGUAGAUCACGGCUGGGUGGAGUGUGUACUCCUACUCAGUAGAUCACGGCUGGGUGGAGUGUGUUGUGUACUACCCUACUCAGUAGAUCACCGGCUGGGUGGAGUGUGUGUGCGUACUACCCUACUCAGUAGAUCACCGGUUGGGUGUCGAUGAACGGUGUGCGAUUCAACAUGUCAAAUAGUUGGGAAAUGAACAGAGAAUUAGGGUGUUCUGUGGUCAGAGGCGAGGCUGUGCAUGGCCGACGUCCGCGUUACAUUGAGGGUAGAUAUUAAGUUACUGAUGGUAGUGAUUCCUACACGGACAGUUAGGAGUAUAGGAGGGGAAAGGAAGGAGAAGCAUUUAGCUCCUACUCAACGGACAGACAGACAGACAUCAGCUCCUCUCCUACUCAACGACAGACGGACAGACAGACAUCAGCUCCGCUCCUACUCAACGGACAGACAGACAGACAACACAUCAGACCCUCUCCUACUCAAAAGACAGACAGACAACAGACGACAUGACAAUUGAGCCUCUUUUCCAUUGACAUCAAACUUAGGUUAUCAGAAGGUUAAAGGACAGAAAAUGUCCUAUUUUCAAUUUGUGAAAGGCCUUUGUUGACUGAAAUUGUUUUCCACAUUGGUCAGAUUCUACACUCUGUUGUAGGUGAGCUAAAAGAAGCUGGACCAAUGUUGAUCCUUUGACUGCAGGGGAAGACGACAGUAAGGCGACACAGGAGGAGCAGACACAGUCAGAGGUCAUUGUUCCGGGGUGGGCGCUCAUGGCAAGCAAGUCAGAUGGUAUUGUUCAGGGUGAGUGCUCCUGAGAGAGCACAGCAGAUGGUCAUUGUUCAGGGUGUGUCAUAGAAGAGCCAGUCAGAUGAAUGUUAGGUGGCUGCUCCAGGAGAGCAUGUCAGAUGGUCAUUGUUCAGGGUGGCUGAACAGAGGGACACAGUAUGAUCUAUGCUUUAGGGGCUCAGAGGCUGCUCCAUGGAGGAGAGCACAGUCAGAUGGUCAUUGCUUCCAGGGGUGCAGUGAUUAGUUAGGGACCGGUAAGCAGGGUUCAAAUUACACCGUGGAAAUUGGAAACAUUCGUGAAGGUUAAUCUAACUGACAUUUUGGGACAUUCUAGGGGGUGCUCAACAUCUCUAGGUGGUGCCCAACAUAUCUUGGGGGUGCCUGACAUCAAAGUCUUUGACUUGUGGGGGGGGGGGGGGGUCCGAAUCAAUAUUAAAAUUAUAAUUUCCCUGUUCAGGAGCUGGUAUACCUAGUCUGUGUUCCAAAUGGUACCCUAUUCCCUAUUUAGUGCACUACUUUAGUCCAGAGGCCUCUGACGGCUCUAGUCAAAAGUAGUGCACUACAUAGGGAAUAGGGUACCAUUUGGGACCCGCCCGUAAUCUGUAUCGCAACUCCACCCGACCGCCAAGCCCUUGACUGAGUAUUUAUAGCAAUCCCAUCAAACACUCCUGCAUUAUUAACCUCACCAGAGAGGCAGGCAGGUUUCUAAUCUACAAGCACAUCAGCUUCCCUAUUCCCUCCAUAGUGCACUACUUUUGACCAUGAAUAGGGUGCUAUUUGGGACUCCCCCCGUGGUAAUUUUGACAGGGGUCUGGUCAGUGUAAAUGAGUGUUACCCAGGUGUCGUUGUGAAUCGGUUGCAUCUGAAAUAGUUUGGGUUGCUAACCCUGUGGCAACAUUAAAUUCUCAACCGCUACACACUUACCCUCUCCAGGUUGGAAAAGGAUAUUAACAAUUAUUUUCCACAGAAUUAGUUUUUCUCUCUCGCAUUAGCGUCGGUCUUUCUAAAAUGUCAACAUGCCCCUUCAUAAAAUGGAGUGUUUUCUGCUUCAGGGACAAAAGGAGAAUAUAAGCUAAUUGUACAAAUGUGUGAAGGUUAAUCUAACUGAGAUUUUGAUCUGCUGGCCAAAUGGUAAUGCUCCUUGAGUUAAGACUGACAUGGUAGAUUGGCUGUGCUUUGCUUAUCAGAUCAAAUGGGGUUGGCAGUGGUAAUGGAAAGUGUGGUGGCUGUAGGGAGAUUUUCCACGGCACUUUGAUUCUGCUUCUGCUUGGUCUUUGAUUGGAUUUAUAUUUAUAAUAUAUAUUAAUAUAUUCUUUAUUUGUGUUUUUUUUUUACCAUACCAGUGUCCUCCCGAGUGGCGCAGUGGUCUAAGGCUGUCACGCCCUGACUCAGGGGACUCUUAUAUGUUGAGUCAGGGUGUGUAUGUUCUGUUGUAUGGUUCUAUGUUGGCCGGUGUGGUUCCCAAUCAGAGGCAGCUGUCGUUCGUUGUCUCUGAUUGGGGACCAUACUUAGGCAGCCUAUUGGCACUAGUGGGUUGUGGGAUCUUGUUCCGUGUGAGGUUUGUUGUGUGUUACCUUAGGACUUCACGUGUCGUUGGUUUAUUGUUUUGUCGAGUGUUUAUUAAGUUUAAAUAAACAUGUAUGCAUGUCACGCUGCGCCUUGGUCCGUCCCGUCCUACAACGAACGUGACAGAAGAUCCCACCAGACCUGGACCAAGCAGUGGGCCGAGGAGGAGCAGAGAGGAUGGACUUGGUGGGAGAUAAGAGAGGAUCUGGCAAGAAAGAUGGAGGCCCUGAAGGGGAUCAGGGUGGAGAGGCAACCCCAAUCAUUUUUGGGGGGGCACACGGUGUGGACGACGAGGCAGCAGGAGGCCGCGACAGGGCGGAUCUGCUGGUUAGGAGAGGAGGCCACCAGAUUACGGGGGCUAUUGGUUCAGAGGGAGCAGGAGGUAUUCGGUCAGAGGGAGGCGCUACAGGAGGCUGGAAGGGAGAAGGAAGGUGUAGAGGCACGGCGAGAGGAGCUGGUUAGGCAGCAGAAGGAGCGGGGGUUAAGUAAGUGGUGCGUGUCGCCAGUCCGGUCCGGCCCGUUCCUGCUCCCCGCACCAAGCCAGUGGUGUGCGUCGCCAGCCCGGCCCGGCCUGUUCCUGCUACUCGCACCAAGCCAGUGGUGCACGUCGCCCGGCCCGGCCUGUUCCUGCUCCUCGCACCAAGCCAGUGGUGCGCGUCGCCAGCCCGGCCCGGCCUGUUCCUGCUCCUCGCACCAAGCCAGUGGUGCACGUCGCCAGUCCGGCCCGGCCCGUUCCUGCCCCUCGCACCAAGCCAGUGGUGCGUGUUCCUAGUCAGGUCCGGCCCGUGCCUGCUCCUCGCACCAGACCAGUGGUGCAUUUGUCCAGUCCGGCACGGCCCGUGCCCGUUCCACCGGUGCCUGGUCCGGCACCGGUCAGCUGCACCACUCCGGAGCCAGAGCAGUCCGCUCCACCAGUGCCUUAUCCAGCUCCGGUCAGCGGCUCCACUCCGGAGCCAGAGCAGUCCGCUCCACCGGUGCCCAGUCCAGCUCCGGUCAGCGGCUCCAGUCCAGACCCAGACGUCAGCCCCUCUCCAGGUUCGGGGUCUCCCACACCAGGGUCCAGACAGGGCCUGGCGUAUCGUGGGAGGAAGGAGAGGGGAAGCAACGCGUCGAGGUCUAGACCAGACCAGGGGCGCAACAGGGAGGCGGAGAGUGAGAGGUCGUCACGCCCUGAGCCGGAUCCGCCUCCGAGGCGGAAUGCCCACCCGGCCCCUACCCUGUUAUGUUUAUGUUGUGCGGUCGGAGUCCACACCUUUGGGGGGGGGGGGGGGUACUGUCAAGCCCUGUCAAAUGGUAAUGCUCCUUGAGUUAAGACUGACAUGGUAGAUUGGCUGUGCUUUGCUUAUCAGAUCAAAUGGGGUUGGCAGUGGUAAUGGAAAGUGUGGUGGCUGUAGGGAGAUUUUCCACGGCACUUUGAUUCUGCCUCUGCUUGGUCUUUGUGACAACAGUUGUUGUUCAUAAAGGGCUAUAUAGAUACAAGUUGAUUGAUUGAUAAUUAUUAUAAUUGAUUGAAUUUAUAUUUAUAAUAUAUAUUUAUAUAUUCUUUAUUUGUGUUUUUUUUUUACCAUACCAGUGUCCUCCCGAGUGGCGCAGUGGUCUAAGGCUGUCACGCCCUGACUCAGGGGACUCUUAUAUGUUGAGUCAGGGUGUGUAUGUUCUAUGUUGUAUGGUUCUAUGUUGGCCGGUGUGGUUCCCAAUCAGAGGCAGCUGUCGUUCGUUGUCUCUGAUUGGGGACCAUACUUAGGCAGCCUAUUGGCACUAGUGGGUUGUGGGAUUUUGUUCCGUGUAAGGUAUGUUGUGAGUUACCUUAGGACUUCACGUGUCGUUGGUUUAUUGUUUUGUCGAGUGUUUAUUAAGUUUAAAUAAACAUGUAUGCAUGUCACACUGCGCCUUGGUCCGUCCCGUCCUACAACGAACGUGACAGAAGAUCCCACCAGACCUGGACCAAGCAGUGGGCCGAGGAGGAGCAGAGAGGAUGGACUUGGCGGGAGAUAAGAGAGGAUCUGGCAAGAAAGAUGGAGGCCCUGAAGGGGAUCAGGGUGGAGAGGCAACCCCAAUCAUUUUUGGGGGGGCACACGGUGUGGACGACGAGGCAGCAGGAGGCCGCGACAGGGCGGAUCUGCUGGUUAGGAGAGGAGGCCACCAGAUUACGGGGGCUAUUGGUUCAGAGGGAGCAGGAGGUAUUCGGUCAGAGGGAGGCGCUACAGGAGGCUGGAAGGGAGAAGGAAGGUGUAGAGGCACGGCGAGAGGAGCUGGUUAGGCAGCAGAAGGAGCGGGGGUUAAGCAAGUGGUGCGUGUCGCCAGUCCGGUCCGGCCCGUUCCUGCUCCCCGCACCAAGCCAGUGGUGCGCGUCGCCAGCCCGGCCCGGCCUGUUCCUGCUACUCGCACCAAGCCAGUGGUGCACGUCGCCAGCCCGGCCUGUUCCUGCUCCUCGCACCAAGCCAGUGGUGCGCGUCGCCAGCCCGGCCCGGCCUGUUCCUGCUCCUCGCACCAAGCCAGUGGUGCGCGUCGCCAGUCCGGCCCGGCCCGUUCCUGCCCCUCGCACCAAGCCAGUGGUGCGUGUUCCUAGUCAGGUCCGGCCCAUGCCUGCUCCUCGCACCAGACCAGUGGUGCAUUUGUCCAGUCCGGCACGGCCCGUGCCCGUUCCACCGGUGCCUGGUCCGGCACCGGUCAGCUGCACCACUCCGGAGCCAGAGCAGUCCGCUCCACCGGUGCCUGAUCCAGCUCCGGUCAGCGGCUCCACUCCGGAGCCAGAGCAGUCCGCUCCACCGGUGCCCAGUCCAGCUCCGGUCAGCGGCUCCAGUCCAGACCAUGACGUCAGCCCCUCUCCAGGUUCGGGGUCUCCCACACCAGGGUCCAGACAGGGCUUGGAGUAUAGUGGGAGGAAGGAGAGGGGAAGCAACGCGCCGAGGUCCAGACCAGACCAGGGGCGCAACAGGGAGGCAGAGAGUGAGAGGUCGUCACGCCCCGAGCUGGAUCUGCCUCCGAGACGGAAUGCCCACCCGGCCCCUACCCUGUUAUGUUUAUGUUGUGCGGUCGGAGUCCGCACCUUUGGGGGGGGGGGGGGGUACUGUCACGCCCUGACUCAGGGGACUCUUAUAUGUUGAGUCAGGGUGUGUAUGUUCUAUGUUGUAUGGUUCUAUGUUGGCCGGUGUGGUUCCCAAUCAGAGGCAGCUGUCGUUCGUUGUCUCUGAUUGGGGACCAUACUUAGGCAGCCUAUUGGCACUAGUGGGUUGUGGGAUCUUGUUCCGUGUAAGGUUUGUUGUGUGUUACCUUAGAACUUCACGUGUCAUUGGUUUAUUGUUUUGUUGAGUGUUUAUUAAGUUUAAAUAAACAUGUAUGCAUGUCACGCUGCGCCUUGGUCCGUCCCGUCCUACAACGAACAUGACAAAGGUACUGCGUCGCAGUGCUAGCUGUGCCACUAGAGAUCCGGGAGACCCAUGGGGCGGCGCACAAUUUGCCCAGCGUUGUCCAGGGUAGGGGAGGGAAUGGCCGGCAGGGAUGUAGCUCAGUUGGUAGAGCAUGGCGUUUGUAACGCCAGGGUUGUGGGUUCGUUUCCCACGGGGGGCCAGUAUGAAAAAUAAAAAAAUAAUGUAUGCACUCACUAACUGUAAGUCGCUCUGGAUAAGAGCGUCUGCUAAAUGACUAAAAAUAAAAAAUAAAUAGCGCUUUUCCAGAUUCUCAAAGCGCUUACAUAGUAAGGGGGGGAAAGUCACCUCAUCCGAUCAAUCAAUCAUCCAAAAAUUAAUCAAUUGAUCAGAACAGUUCCCUAACCUCUCCUCCUCCUCUUCCUCAGGUUGCUUCCUGUUCUGCUGGACCCCGUUCUUCAUAGUCCACACCACGCGGGCCCUGUGUGUUACCUGCUACAUACCCCAGGCCCUGAUGAGCACCGUCACCUGGCUGGGCUACGUCAACAGCGCCCUCAACCCCAUUAUCUACACUGUCUUCAACACAGAGUUCAGGAAGUUCUUCAAGAAGUCCCUCCACUCAUUCAGCUGCUGCUGACAUCAGCCCCGCACCGGAUGGACAAUGGUAGCGCUAACCGUGCUCUCACAGAAGGGGUAUACUACUGCACAGGCAUGUCAGGGGUCAGGGGUCAGGGUUGGGGUUGGGGUCAAUGGUAGCGCUAACCGUGCUCUCACAGAAGGGGUAUAACUACUGCACAGGGGUCAGGGUUGGGGUUGGGGUCAAUGGUAGCGCUAACCGUGCUCUCACAGAAGGGGUAUACUACUGCACAGGCAUGUCAGGGGUCAGGGGUCAGGGUUGGGGUUGGGGUCAAUGGUAGCGCUAACCGUGCUCUCACAGAAGGGGUAUAACUACUGCACAGGGGUCAGGGUUGGGGUUGGGGUCAAUGGUAGCGCUAACCGUGCUCUCACAGAAGGGGUAUAACUACUGCACAGGGGUCAGGGUUGGGGUUGGGGUCAAUGGUAGCUCUAACUGUGCUCUCACAGAAGGGGUAUAACUACUGCACAGGGGUCAGGGUUGGGGUUGGGGUCAAUGGUAGCUCUAACCGUGCUCUCACAGAAGGGGUAUAACUACUGCACAGGGGUCAGGGUUGGGGUUGGGGUCAAUGGUAGCUCUAACCGUGUUCUCACAGAAGGGGUAUAACUACUGCACAGGGGUCAGGGGUCAGGGGUCAAUGGUAGCUCUAACCGUGCUCUCACAGAAGGGGUAUAACUACUGCACAGGGGUCAGGGGUCAGGGGUCAAUGGUAGCUCUAACCGUGCUCUCACAGAAGGGGUAUAACUACUGCACAGGGGUCAGGGUUGGGGUCAAUUCCAUGUCAAUUCAGGAGGUACACUAAAAUGUCCAAUUAUCUUCAAUGCUUUUCAGUGAGGAAAAUGUGGAACUGGAAUUUUGGUUUACUUUCUUCAUUGUCUAGGGAUGGCCCAGGGCUAAAUCUGUAUGUAUCGCUCUCGAGUGGCCAACCCUCAUCCUGGACAGCUACUUAGUGAACAAGGUUUUUGCUACAACCCUACCCUAAACAGAUGACCUCGAUUAGCUGAUUCAGAUGUGCUCCAGCAGGGAUGGAGUAAAACCCAGCACACCCUGUAGGUCUCCAGGAGGAGGUUACAAGGGCUGGGCUAUGUCACCGGCCAUCUCAACCCCAUAGUUAUGCCACUGGGAUAUGGGUUAUAUGAGUGGGCACGUGUUUAUCUGCCGGGUGGGCGGAGCUUGCACAUUCUAGACCAUUCCAAGUGUUCUAAAGUGACAUCUCCAACCAUCCUGGGCACCGGGCGAUGCAAAACGAGCAUGCCUCAGGUGUUCCUUAAUAUUGUUUAUUACAGGUGUGAUAUGAGGCUUAAUACUAUCAUUAUAACAGUAGUAAGAUAGUGUUAUUACAGCCCCGUGAAUACACCUUAAUCGGAAGUUAUGAAGAACAGAAGCUAAUAUAUAAAUGCAUUCAUACAGUAUGUAUAAAAUUACAAGCUAUAGCCUCUAACCUCCAUUACAAAUGUUUUUUGUAUUUUUUUGAAGUUUGUUGUAA